AUGCAACAAAUUACAAUCCAAAAAGGUAUUUCUCUCUCUGUCUCUCUCUCUCUCUCUCUGUUUCUCUCUCUGUCUCUCUCUCCCUAUCUAUCUAUCUAUCUAUCUAUCUAUCUAUCUAUCUAUCUAUCUAUCUAUCUGUCUCUGUGUUUUCUCUUCUUCCUUUCUUCCUCCUUUUUUCCCUAUUUCUCUAUACUAUGCUUUCUCUUUUCUUCAUCCCUUUCUUUCUUUUUUCUUUCUUUCUUUCUUUAUUCUUCCUAUCCUUUUUUUCCCUUUCUAUUAGCUUUAUCUCUUCCUUGUUUCGUCUGUAAUCCUUUCUUAUUUUCUUUUUACCUUCUUUUCUGUACUCUUUGCUUCCUCUUUCAUUUCCCCCCUCUUUCUCUGUUCUCUUCUUUGUCCCUUUCCUGUUUUUUCUUACUUCCAUUCUCUCUUCCAUUCUUUCUUCUUCCUUUCCUUUCAUUCUUUUGUCCACUUUCCUUUCUCACUUGCUUUCUUUCUUUUUCCCUUCCAUUCUGUGCUAUUUGUUUUCUCUUUCUUUUUUUUUUCAUUUCUGUUCCUUUUAUUAACACCUUUCUUUUCUUUCUUUCUUUCUUUUUUCUUUCUUUCUUUCUUUCUUGUUUUGCUUCGGAGAGGCGAGAUCAAAUUCCAAUUUCCUUUCUUAUGUCUUCGUUCCUUUCUGACUGCUCACAUUUAUCUCUUCCUUUCUUUCAUUCAUUUCUCUCUUCCUUCCUUUCUUCUUUCAUUCAUUUCUCUCUUUCUUCCCUUUCUUCUUUCAUUCAUUUUUCUCUCUUUCCUUCCAUUUUUCUACUUUCUUUCUUCAUUUCAUUCUCUUUCUUCCUUUCUUCUUUCAUUCAUUUUCCUCUUCUUUCCAUUUUUUCUUAUUUCAUUCUUUUUUUUCUCUCUUCCUUCCUUUCUUCUUUCAUUCAUUUCUCUCUUCCUUCCUUUCUUCUUUUCAUUCAUUCCUCUCUUCCUUCUUCUUUCUUCAUUUUUCUCUUUCUUCCUUUCUUCUUUCAUUCAUUUUUCUUUUCUUUCUUCUUCUUUCAUUUCUUUCUUCUUUCUUCUUUCAUUCAUUUCUCUCUUUCUUCCUUUCGUCUUUCAUUCAUUUCUCUCUUUCUUCCUUUCUACUUUCAUUCAUUUCUCUCUUCUUUCCUUUCUUCUUUCAUUUCUCUCUUUCUCUCUUCAUUUUCCUUUUUCUUUCGUCUUUCAUUCAUUUCUCUCUUCUUUCCUUUCUUCUUUCAUUCAUUUCUCUCUUCUUUCCUUUCUUCUUUCAUUCAUUUCUCUCUUUCUUCCUUUCUUCUUUCAUUCAUUUCUCUCUUUCUUCCUUUCUUCUUUCAUUCAUUUCUCUCUUUUCCUUUCUUCUUUCAUUCAUUUCUCUCUUCUUUCCUUUCUUCUUUCAUUCAUUUCUCUCUUCCUCCCUUUCUUCUUUCAUUCAUUUCUCUCUUUCUUCCUUUCUUCUUUCAUUCUUCCUUUUUCUCAUUUCUCUCUUCCUUUCUUCUUUCAUUCAUUUCUCUCUUUCUUCCUUUUUCUUUCAUUCAUUUUCUCUUUCUUCCUUUUUUUUCUCUUUCAUUCAUUUUCUCUCUUCCUUCUCUUCCUUUCUUCUUUCAUUCAUUUUCUCUCUUUUCUCCUUUCUUCUUUCAUUCAUUUUCUCUUUCUUCCUUUCUUCUUUCAUUCAUUUCAUUUCUCUCUUCCUUCCUUUCUUCUUUCAUUCAUUUCUCUCUUUUUCCUUUCUUUCUUUUUCUCUUUUUCUUUUCUUUCUCUUUUUCAUUCAUUUUUCUCUUUCUUCCUUUCGUCUUUCAUUCAUUUUUCUCUCUUUUUCCUUUCUUCUUUCUUUCAUUUUCUCUUUCUUUUUCUUCUUUCAUUCAUUUUUCUUCUUUCCUUUCUUCUUUCAUUCAUUUUCUCUUUUUCCUCUCUCUUUCUUCCUUUCUUCUUUCAUUCAUUUCUCUCUUCCUUCCUUUCUUCUUUCAUUCAUUUCUCUUCUUCCUUUCUUCUUUCCCAUUUUCUCUCUUCUUUCCUUUUUCUUUCAUUCAUUUUCUCUUCCUUUUCUUUUCUCUCUUUUUCUUUCAUUCAUUUCUCUCUUUUUUCCUUUCUUCUUUCAUUUCAUUUCUUCUCUCUUCCUUUCUUCUUUCAUUUUUUCAUUUUUUUCCUUUCUUCUUUCAUUCAUUUCUCUCUUUCUUCCCUUUCAUUCAUUUCUCUCUUUCUUCUUUCAUUCAUUCAUUUCUCUCUUCUUUCCUUUCUUCUUUCAUUCAUUUCUCUCUUUCUUCCUUUCUUCUUUCAUUCAUUUCUCUCUUCCUCCCUUUCUUCUUUCAUUCAUUUCUCUCUUUCUUCCUUUCUUCUUUCAUUCAUUUCUCUCUUCUUUCCUUUCUUCUUUCAUUCAUUUCUCUCUAUUUCCCUUUUUCCUUUCAUUCAUUUCUCUUUUUUCCUUCUUUCUACUUUCAUUUUCUCUCUUUCUUCUUUCCUCUUUCUUUCAUUUCCUUUCUUCUUUCAUUCAUUUCUCUUUCUUCCUUUCAUUCAUUUCUCUCUUUCUUCCAUUCAUUUCAUUCUCUUCUCUUCUUUCCUUUCUUCUUUCAUUCAUUUCUCUCAUUUUCUUCUUCUUCCAUUUCAUUUUUCUCUUCUCCCUUUCUUCUUUUUCAUUUCUCUUUUUCCUUCCUUUUCUUUUUUCAUUUCUCUCUUUCUUCUUUCUUUAUUUUUCUUCUUUCAUUCUUCUUUCAUUCAUUUCUCUUUCUUUCCUUUCUUCUUUCAUUCAUUUCUCUCUUCCUUCUUUUCUUCAUUUUUUCAUUCUUUUUCUCUUCUUUUUCCUUUUUCUUUCAUUUCAUUUUUCUCUUUCUCUUUUCUUCAUUUUCUCUUUCUUCCUUUCAUUCAUUUUCUCUUCCUUCCUUUUCUUCUUUCAUUUUUUUCUCUCUUCCUUCCUUUCUUUCUUUUCAUUCUUCAUUUCUCUUUCAUUCAUUUCUCCUUUCCUUUUUCUUUCAUUCAUUUUCUCUUCCUUCCUUUUCUUUCAUUCUCUCUCUUCCUUCCUUUUUCUUUCAUUCAUUUUCUCUUUCUUCCUUUUUCUUUCAUUUUCAUUCAUUUCAUUCUUUUCUCUUCCUUUUUCUUCUUUCUCUUUCAUUUCAUUCAUUUCUCCUUCCUUUCUUAAGUUUCAUUCAUUUCUCUUCUUCUUUCCAUUCUUCUUUCUUUCCUUUUUCCUUUCUUUCAUUUCUCUCUUCCUUCCUUUCUUCUUUCAUUCAUUUCUCUCUUCCUCCCUUUCUUCUUUCAUACAUUUCUCUCUUCUUUCCUUUCUUUUCAUUUCCUUUCUUCUUUUUUCAUUCAUUUUAUUUUUUCUCUUCUCUUCCUUCCUUUCUUCUUUCAUUCAUUUCUUCAUUUCUCUCUUUCCUUCCUUUCAUUCAUUUUCUCUUUUCUUCCUUUCAUCUUUUUCUCUUCCUUCCUUUCUUUCAUUUUUCUUCUUCUUCCUUUCUCUCUUUCUUCCUUUCUCUGCUUUCUUUUCUUCUUUUGUUCAUUUCUCUCUUCUUUUCUUCAUUCAUUUUUCUUUCUUUUCUUUCAUUUUUUCUCUUUCUUUUCUUCUUUCUUUCAUUUCAUUUCAUUUUUCUUUUUUCUUUUUUUCUUUCAUUCUUCCUUUUCUUUCAUUCAUUUCUCUUUCUUCCUUUCUUCUUUCAUUCAUUUCUCUUCUUUUCCUUUCUUCUUCUUUCAUUCAUCUCUCUUCCUUUCCUUUCUUCAUUUCUCUCUUUCAUUUUCUCUCUUUCAUUUUUCUUUCUUUUUCUUUUCAUUCAUUUCUCUUUUCUCUCUUUCAUUCAUUUCUCUCUUCCCUUCCUUUCUUUCAUUCAUUUCUCUCUUCUUUCUUUCUUCUUUCAUUCUUUUCUUCUCUUUUCUUUCUUCUUUCAUUUUUAUUUCUCUCUUUCUUCCUUUCUUUCAUUCAUUUUCUCUUUCUUUCUUUUCUUUCUCAUUUUUCUUUCCUUUCUUUCUUUCAUUCAUUUCUCUUUUUCAUUUUCCUUUCUUCUUUUUCAUUCUCUUUCUCUCUUUCUUCUUUCAUUCCUUUCUUCUUUCUUUCGUCUUUCAUUUUCUCUCUUCUUUCCUUUCUUUUCUUUCAUUUCUCUCUUCUUUUUCUUCUUUCAUUCAUUUCUCUUUCUUCUUUCCUUUUCUCGUCUUUCAUUCAUUUCUCUCUUUCUUUCCUUUCUUCUUUCAUUCAUUUCUCUCUUCCUUUCUUUCAUUCAUUUUUCUUCUUUCAUUCAUUUCUCUCUUUCCUUUCUUCUUUCAUUCAUUUCCUUUUUCUUCUUUCAUUCAUUUCUCUCUUCUUCCUUCUUUCUUCAUUUCUUUUUUCUUUCUUCUUUCAUUCAUUUCUCUCUUUCUUCCUUUGUUUUUCAUUCAUUUCUCUUUUCUUUCUUUUUUUCUUUCAUUCAUUUCUCUCUUUUUCCUUUCUUUUUCAUUCAUUUCUCUCUUUUUCAUUCUUUCCUUUUUCUUUCAUUCAUUUCUCUCUUCCUUCUCUUUUUCUUCUUUUUCAUUCAUUUCUCUCUCUUCCUUCCUUUUCUUCCUUUCAUUCAUUUUCUCUCUUCCUUUCUUUUUCUUUCCAUUUCUCUUUCUCUUCUUCCUUUUUCUUUCAUUCAUUUCUCUCAUUCUUUUUUCUCUCUUUCUUCCUUUCUUCUUUCAUUCAUUUUUCUCUUCCAUUUUUCUUCCUCAUUUUCUCUUCUUUCCUUUCUUCUUUCAUUUUCUCUCUUCUUUCUUUUUUCUUCUUUCAUUUCAUUUUCUCUUUCUUCCUUUCUUUUUCUUUCAUUCAUUUCUCUCUUUCUUCCUUUCUUCUUUCAUUCAUUUCUCUCUUCUUUUCCUUUCCAUUUUUCUUCCUUUUUCUUUCAUUUUUCUCUUUCUUCCUUUCUUCUUUCUUUCAUUUCUCUCUUCUUUCCCUUUUUUCAUUCUUCCUUUCUUUCUUCUUUCAUUUCUUUCUCUUCCUUUUCUUUCAUUCAUUUCUCUUUCUUUCCUUUCUCUUCAUUCAUUUCCUUUUUCUUCUUUCAUUCAUUUUUCUCUCUUUCUUUCCUUUCUUCUUUUUCACUUUUUCAUUUUUCUCUCUUUCUUCCUUUCUUCUUUUUUUCAUUUCUCUCUUUUUUCUUCUUUCAUUCUUUCAUUCAUUUCUCUUUCCUUUCUCUUCAUUUCUCUUUCUUCUUUUUCUUUCAUUCAUUUCUCUCUCUUCUUCCUUUUCUUCUUUCAUUCAUUUUUCUCUCUUCCUUUCUCUUUUUCUUUUCUUUUUCAUUUCUCUCUUUUCAUUCAUUUCUCUCUUUCCUUUCUUCUUUCAUUCAUUUUCUUUCUUCUUUCCUUUUUCAUUUCUUUCAUUCAUUCAUUUUCUCUUUCUUCUUUUCCUUUCAUUUUCUUUCAUUCAUCUUUCAUUUUUCUCUCUUUCCUUUUUCUUCUUUCAUUCAUUUUCUCUUCUUCUUUUCUUUCAUUUCUCUUUCUUCUUUCUUCAUUUCACUUUUCUUUCCUUUCUUUUCAUUCAUUUCUUUCCUUCAUCUUUCAUUCCUUUUUCUUCUUUCAUUCAUUUUCUCUUUUUCUUUUUCUUUCAUUCAUUUCUCUUUCCUUCCUUUCGUCUUUCAUUCAUUUCUCUUCUUCUUUCCAUUUCUCUUCUUCUUUCUAUUCAUUUCUCUCUUCUUUCAUUCAUUUCUCUUUUUCUUUCCUUUCUUCUUUUCAUUUCUCUCUUUCUUCCUUUUCUUUCAUUUUUUCUUUCUUUCCUUUCUUCUUUCUUCCUUCUUUUUCCUUUCUUCUUUCAUUCAUUUCUCUCUUCCUUCCUUUUUCUUUCAUUCAUUUCUUUCUUUUUCAUUUCUCUUUCUUUUUCUCUCUUUCUUUCUUUCAUUCAUUUUCUCUCUUCUUUCCUUUCUUUCAUUCAUUUUCUUCUUUUCUUUCUUCUUUCUUCAUUUUCUCUUUCUUCCUUUCAUUCAUUUCUCUCUUUUUCCUUUCUUCUUUCAUUCAUCUCUUCUUUCCUUUUUCUUUCAUUCAUUUUCUCUUUUUCCUUUCUUCUUUCAUUCAUUUCUCUCUUCUUUCCUUUUUCUUUCAUUCAUUUCUCUCUUUUCUUCUUUCGUCUUUUUCAUUUCUUCUUUCUUUCAUUUCUCAUUCUUUUUCCUUUCUUCUUUCAUUCAUUUCUCUCUUCUUUCCUUUCUUCUUUCAUUCAUUUCUCUCUUUCUUCUUUCUUUCGUCUUUCCUUUCUUUUUCUCUUUUUUUCUUUUUUCUUUCAUUCAUUUCUCUUCUUUCCUUUCUUCUUUUCAUUCAUUUCUCUCUUUCUUCUUUCUUCUUUCAUUCAUUUUCUCUCUUCCUUCCUUUCUUCUUUCAUUCAUUUCUCUUUCAUUUUCCUUUCUUCUUUCAUUCAUUUCUCUCUUUCUUUUCUUUCAUUUUUCUCUUUCUUUUCAUUUCUCUUUCUUCAUUUUUCCUUCUUCUUUCAUUCAUUUCUCUCUUACUUCCUUUCUUCUUUCAUUCAUUUUCUUUUCUUCCUUUCUUCUUUUCCAUUUUUCGUCUUUCAUUCAUUUCUCUCUUCUUUCCUUUCUUCUUUCAUUCAUUUCUCUCUUUCUUCCUUUCGUCUUUCAUUCAUUUCUCUCUUCCUUCCUUUCUUCUUUCAUUCAUUUCUCUCUUCUUUCCUUUCUUCUUUCAUUCAUUUCUCUCUUCCUUCCUUUCUUCUUUCAUUCAUUUCUCUCUUCCUUCCUUUCUUCUUUCAUUCAUUUCUCUCUUCCUCCCUUUCUUCUUUCAUUCAUUUCUCUCUUUCUUCCUUUCUUCUUUCAUUCAUUUUUCUCUUCCUUCCUUUCGUCUUUCAUUCAUUUCUCUCUUCUUUCCUUUCUUCUUUCAUUCAUUUCUCUCUCUUCCUUUUAUUUUUUUUUUUCCUUUUUUCUUCAUUUCUCCAUUCCUUUCUUCUUUCUCAUUUCUUCUUCCUUUCUUUUCUUUUUCCCUUCCUCUAUUCUUUUCUCCCUUCUGCUUUUUUUCUCUCCUUUUAUUUUCUUCCACUUUUUUUAUUUUCCCUUCUUUCCAUUUUUUUUUUUAUUAAAGAAAGUCUUGUCUUUCACCCUCACCUAA